UGUAAGUUUCCUUGUAUGCUAUUCUCUCCGCUCUUUUAGAUAUCCUUCUGAUCUUUGGGAGAUUGCAUUGAAUCCCUUGCCAUCUCAUGCCUUCUCACUCUCUCUUUAUAUUCAUCGGGAGAAGAAGAAGGAGGUGGAUCAGUGUUCGUCAUCUUGGCAUCUCAUGGAGGAGGAAGAGGAGAAGAGAGGAGAGAAGGAAGAAGAGAGGGGACACAGUACGCAGCAGCUGUUUCAACGGGAAGAGUCGAAGGCCGACACCGACGCGAUCGACGGGUCAUCGUCUUCGUCGCUACCGGUGCUGGAGCUCAACCUCAUCGGGUCGCUUGCCUCGGCGAACCCCGAGCCGCUGGAGGAGGAGCCGCGGGUGUUCUCAUGCAACUACUGCAGGAGGAAGUUCUACAGUUCUCAGGCGCUCGGCGGGCACCAGAACGCGCACAAGCGCGAGCGCAACCUUGCCAAGCGCGGUGGCGCAGCCGUGGCCUUCGGUGAUCAUGCCGGCGCUAGUGGAGCCGGUUACAGGUUUCCGGUAAACCUAGCAAACUUACCCCGACAAGGGUUGUUCGCCGGCAGGCCGCUCGGCGUCCAGGUGCACUCGAUGAUUCAUAAGCCGUAUACCGGAACACCAACGUCGGCGGCGGCUACCUCGUUGAUCUACUGGCGACACGCGUGGUCGCAGCCUCCGAUGGCCGAUCGUCAACCAGCCAUAGGACGGCUGCUCACGGAAGAGUUCUACGGCACAGGAAGAGCACAGGUGGCGGCCAAGUUCGAUGAGGCGGCUGCGGCAGUGGGAGGGAAGCCGCGUGUCAGUGGCGGCGGUGGUGGUGAGGAGUUGCCUAAGCUUGACUUGUCUCUAAAGCUCUAGAAUACAAGUUGACUUGGCGGCCAAGUUCUUAUGCUGUAGAGUUGUAGCUGACUUGAUUACAUAGGCUUGUAUUGGCUUGGUUCUAAUUUGGAUCUCCGAAUGUCUAAUUUAU